AUAUUCAGAACAAGACAGUUAUCAAUCGUGACCCAGUGGGAAUGCGAAGUCAGAUUGAGCAAUUGCAGUCUGAGCUUCUAUUUUACAGAGGUGAAAAGGACCAACUGAUCAUGAAAAUUGAAUCAAUUCGAAAUGGUAAAUCUUGGGAUGAAAUUGAAUCAAAUUCAAAUCAGGAUUAUGACCUGGUUAAAUCUUAUGUGGAAGCAUUGAUUGGAUAGUAGAGCCUCAAUUUUGGACUUGAGAGUGGAAUGUCAGGAUUUAGAAAGAUUUUCCGUCAUCAAUCGAUUUGCCAAGUUUCAUGGUCGGGGGCAAAAUGAUGGGGCAGAAACCUCAUCCUCUAAAUGCAACUGCAAAUGCUCAUAAAUCAUGCCCCCAAAAAUAUGUUACUGUAGUUCCAAUGCCUACAAACCUACCAGACAGGGUACAAUGUCUUUCACUUUGAUAAUUAUUUAAUUCAUUUUUCCAUCUUUCUUGGUCAGUUGUCUCCACAACAUCCUGUUUCUGGUCCUUCUCUUUCAACUUAUAUUAUUGCACUUCAUCGCCAUAGAACCAUACAACUGGCAAUGUAGGAGAAGAAUGAUACUAGAUUGCCUCGUCAACCAAUGGAGGCUAUUAGAUCUUUUCAAUCUAUAUAUGUAUGUAUGUUAGAUUUGCGCAAUCUAGUUAUCUUUUACUAUUGGUUUUCAGGUUCCAAGCCUUUUGUAUAUAUUAAGAUAAGAUAUGCAGUUUACUUAGUUUUAACCAUACCAUUUAAUGAUUUAGUAAUCACUUAUUAAAUUGGUUAAACUGAUCUAUAUUAAAAAAUUAAAUAUUUGGUUUUUAUG